CUAUCGAGCCCCGAACAGCCACAAUCCGGGCCAUGGACCCGAAUACGUCAUACCCUCUCCAAACAAACGAUCCGCUCUUUUACCUCUGCUGGCGCAGACAAUCUUGCGGAUGGUGUUUGCAAGGCGAUGCCCCUUGUAGCUGGUGUUCAGUGACCUCAACCUGCGUGCCCAAUCCCGCUCGCGUUCCUAUAUUGGCUCCUCUUGGCUCCUCUAAUAUCUGUCCUUUGGGGCCCAAGGAGCGAUGGGAACUCCGUGCCAUGCCAUUCGGAUGCAAUGUUAGUACUUUUACAUUCUUGACAGCCGUAGUUUCCGUCCUGGGGACAUUGGCUGCUAUUGCACUGGGGUAUUUCGUGGUAUGGGCUGUAAAGAGGCUGAGGCGGUUCUGGGGACAGGGCAAGCUUGGAGGCGGGUGUAUGGAUUGGAGUUCUUGGGCAAGACGAGGGGUUUUCCGUCGGCGUCGAGUCCGUACGGUAGGGGAUGUGGAAGGGAACCGGAAUGGGAACUCUGAGAGAACGCCCUUGUUGGAAGGAGAUUGA